UUGCUUUUUUUUCCUCCCCCCAGGGGGGUGUAAACAAGAUGUACCACGGGAUCUAUGACUAUGACAAGAGUCUUCCCAGGGUCCACGUCCCCAUGGAGAAAGGAGACACCCUCUUCUUCCACCCCCUGCUCAUUCACGGUUCCGGAAGGAACAGGACAGAAGGGUUUCGGAAGGCUAUCAGUUGCCAUUAUGCCAGUAGCAAUUGCUACUAUAUUGACGUCAAAGGGACCAGCCAGGAAUUUCUGGAGAAGGAAUUGGAAGAGAUUGUCAGGCAGAGGUAUAAUAUGGCUGAGGUGGAUUUCAAAUACGUUUCGAUGAUGCGGGGUCGACUUGUUAAAGGGGAGAGAAAAAAUCUUUAAAACACUGCUCGGAUCCAUUCUCCAGUCAGCGAAGAAACCUCGGAGAAAUCAGCAUUUAUUUUUCUCUUACUUUUUGGUGGGGGAAGGACUGUUAUUUCAGACCAC